AUGUCCAAUAAAAGUAUGAUACCAUCCUCUAGAAACGAUGAAACGAUCCACAAUAACGAAAAUAACAUCAAAGAAAAUGCAAUAGUAGGAAACGUCCAACGGGCUGUCCUGAAUAAUGUAACGAAUACAAUGUUAGCACAAGAUGAAAACUCCCAUAAUUCUGCAUUAAGAAGUCUUAAAACAUCAUUGACAAUAGCUAAGAAAGAAGGGACUAGAAUUCCCCAGAUUAAUAAAGAUAUAUUAUCUCGUUCCACUUUAUUAAACAAUAUAUCAAACAACGCUCAAGGAAAGACUGAAACAGAAAAUAGUCAUUCUAGCGUGUCAGAUAACAAAGAAAAUCAAAACCCAUAUCUAGCGAGUAAAAAUAAUCAAUUGUCUUCCAUUCAAGAAGAAGAACGCGAAUACAACACUCAAGAAAUACAAUCUAAUUUGCAUUCUACACAACAACCUAAUGCUAAUGUUGAGGAACAACACAAUUAUCUUCAAGCUAAUCAUGAAAAUGAUAUAUCAACAGAUAUGACCAAGAAAAGACCUAUUUCCACUGUUGUUGAACAAGACCUACCAAAGAAAUAUAAAGUCUGUACAGAAAAUGGAGAGGAAGAAUAUGAAUGGGAAGAUUUAGAUGAGGAAGAUUCAAAUGACCCCUUUAUGGUUAGUGAAUACGUUAAUGAUAUAUUUGGAUAUCUUCAUCAACUUGAAAUAUCUACUUUACCUGCCAAAGAAAAUUUGAAGAAACAUAAAAACAUUAAUCAAAAUCGAGAUAUACUGGUCAAUUGGUUAGUAAAAAUUCAUAACAAAUUUGGUUUGCUUCCAGAGACUUUAUAUUUAGCAAUUAAUAUCAUGGAUAGAUUUUUAUGCAAGGAAUUGGUUCAAUUGGAUAAAUUGCAACUAGUUGGUACAUCAUGUUUAUUUAUUGCUUCCAAGUAUGAAGAAGUUUAUUCUCCAAGUAUUAAACAUUUUGCAUCAGAGACAGACGGCGCAUGCACAGAAGAUGAAAUUAAAGAAGGUGAAAAAUUCAUAUUGAAAACGUUAGAAUUUUCCUUGAAAUACCCAAACCCAAUGAAUUUCCUCAGAAGAAUAUCUAAAGCUGAUGACUACGAUAUACAGUCACGAACAUUAGCAAAAUUCCUUUUAGAGAUUUCUCUAGUUGAUUUUAGAUUCAUUGGAAUAUUACCUUCUCUCUGUGCUGCUGCUGCCAUGUUUCUAUCAAGGAAAAUGCUAGGAAAAGGUAAAUGGGAUGGUAAUUUGAUUCAUUAUAGUGGUGGUUAUACCAAGAGUCAGUUGGCUCCAGUUUGUGACAUGAUAAUGGACUAUUUAGUGAGUCCGAUUGUUCAUGAUGAAUUCCAUAGGAAAUACCAAUCUCGUAGAUUCAUGAAAGCAUCAAUCAUAUCAGUACAAUGGGCUUUGAAAGUGAGAAAGAACGGCUAUGACAUAAUGACUUUACACGAAUGA